CAAGUGGACAUUUAAAGAUAAAAAAAAAACAGCCGGAGAGGUAAACUUCAAGGGUAUUUGCGUCAACAUCAAUUGUAACAACAGAUAAUAAUCUGACUGACCGUUUAUGCGUGGUUUGAAUGGUACGUUUUAAAUAUAGUCUUUAAAGAAAGAAAGAGAGAACAAAUCAGUCGUCGUAUUCAUUGUGUGCUAUUUCAACGUUUUUUAUGUCACUCUCAAAUAUAAAUCUUUAUCUGGAAAGUAGAUGUCAAUGGGCUAUUUUCCUAUUUUCCCAAACCACGUUUGCAUCAGAUAAAUUUAACGGGGUACAUUAAGUACAACUUAGUAACAAAUGACAUUGACUACGUCAUUACUCGAGCUAUUUCAAAUACUACUUUGCUUUGAGACUAAUUAUCUCUGGAGAGAAAACACUUGUGAGUAAAAACCUCUAAUGUGCCAGUGUCCAAAGUUGAUGCAAAUGAAUUUCUCUCUGGGAUGAAAGCUGAUCUCCUGGAGAGAGAGUUUUGGCAAUGGACUAAGUGCCUUGUUGACACGCACUCUGCAGCGCUCAACCUUUUUUUCUGAGUCUGCAACAAACGUGGCUACUCCGUAUCAAGGGCUGGAGUCCGCGCGCAAUGGGCUACGUCCUCUGGUACAGUUGGUCGGAGACAAAUCAUAUAAAGAGAGAAACCAUUCGUUUGGUGCAGCAGCGAUUGUUUAAAGGCUGGCACCGCGGGUGCUGGCAGGGAUCUUGACGGCUCAUCAGAAACAGACGCGCCUCUGCACUGCGAUCUAUUCGACGUGAAGGGUCUGACGGAGAAUUUUCAAAGGCACCAGGAUCUAUCCUACAUUUAUGAGGAAAACGCAACGGGGUUGUGGAUUUAUUGAGGUGAUUCUUUGCCGGGAAAGAAAGUAUGAUCUUUCAAAUUGGACGGAGAAGAUGUAUGCAGAGCAAGACAAGAGCAGAGUUUGCAGCUGCAUCGCUAAAAUGAAUCAGGUUUCAGACCGAGGAAUAAACUGCUACAACUGGAAACCAUGUGUUGGCUUUCGCACUAGUUAAAAGUAAAUAUUUUAACGGUAAAUCCAAAUACUAUUUUAAAGCAGCAGCAAACAAAAAUAUUUUGUCAAGAGAUCAAGUGGAAUUCCAAGGACUGACAAGUAUUAAUCUUUAAUGAAAAAUAUAUAGGCUACCUUCUCUGGUGCUACUGUUUGAAACAAUACUAAUUGCUGCGUUAUAACAAUAAAUAUGUGGCUUCCGAGAAAACUUAGGAAAGUAAGAUGCAAAGCCGACCAUACUUGAAACAAUGUGAACCCGAUUUCCAAGUGUAUCUCUUUCCCCCAAACGUGCACCGUGUCAUUGUACUGUCUUGUCCACUGUCAUUUCGCAGAGUCUUUGCUACGGUGGACUCGGUGAUCAGGUAGUUUUUAAAAUGUGAUUUCUUCGGGGAUUUCCUAAAUCUCUUAGUUUGGUGUUGCUGCGGUGCAUUUAUCGGGAAAGAUGUUUACGUUUGUACUGCUGGAAGGAUUAUGCGUUUUAAGCGUGAUAACUUGUGUCUAUGCAUCAUGGGGAAAUCCCAAUUCCAAUGUGAAAAACCAAGCGAACGAACUUGACAAGCCCACCUCUCAACCUCACAUCAUUUUCAUCCUGGCCGACGAUCAAGGAUUCCGAGACGUGGGAUACCAUGGCUCCGAGAUUAAAACACCGACCCUCGACCGGUUGGCGUCAGAAGGAGUGAAACUGGAGAAUUAUUACGUACAGCCCAUCUGCUCGCCCUCUCGAAGCCAGUUUAUGACUGGCAGGUACCAGAUCCACACGGGCCUGCAGCACUCCAUCAUCCGGGCCGCACAGCCCAACUGCCUGCCCCUGGAAAACGUCACCCUGCCCCAGAAGCUGAAGGCCGUGGGCUACUCCACCCACAUGGUGGGCAAGUGGCACCUGGGCUUCUACAAGCGGGAAUGCAUGCCCACUCAGCGCGGGUUCGACACCUUCUUUGGCUACCUCCUGGGCAGCGGGGACUACUACAGCCACUACAAGUGCGACGGCCCCGGCAUGUGCGGCUACGACCUGUACGACGGGGAGGAGGCGGCCUGGGACCAGGACCGGGGGGUCUACUCCACCGUCAUGUACACCCAGAAGGUGGUGAGCCUCCUGGCGUCCCGCGACCCCCGCCGCCCUCUCUUCCUCUACCUGGCCUACCAGGCGGUGCACUCGCCCCUGCAGGUGCCCAGCCGCUACCUGGAGCGCUACAAGUCCAUCCCCAACCUGCACCGCCGCAAGUACGCCGCCAUGGUGAGCUGCCUGGACGAGGCGGUCCACAACAUCACGCUGGCGCUCAAGCGGUACGGCUACUACGACAACAGCAUACUGGUGUACUCCACGGACAACGGGGGCCAGCCCAUGGCCGGGGGCAGCAACUGGCCCCUCAGGGGGAGCAAGGGGACCUACUGGGAAGGGGGCAUCCGGGCGGUGGGGUUCGUCCACAGCCCCCUGCUGCUGAGGAAGGGCACGAGCUGUCGGGGGCUGGUGCACAUCACCGACUGGUUCCCCACGCUGGUCACGCUGGCCGAGGGGUCGCUGGAGGAGGACCUCAGCCUGGACGGGUACGACGUGUGGGAGGCCAUCAGCGAGGGCUUUCCGUCCCCCCGCCAGGACAUCCUGCACAACAUCGAUCCCAUCUACACCAAGGCCAAGAACGGCUCCUGGAAGGCCGGCCACGGCAUCUGGAACACGGCGGUCCAGGCCGCCAUCCGCGUCGGGGACUGGAAGCUGCUGACGGGCGUGCCGGGCUACAGCGACUGGGUGCCGCCGCAGACCUUCUCCAGCGUGCUGCUCACCAACCGCUGGCACAACGAGCGCGUCCGCUGGGACCGCGGCAAGUCCGUCUGGCUCUUCAACAUCACCGCCGACCCCUACGAGCGGGUGGACCUGUCGCGGCGCCACCCGCAGGUGGUCAAGAGGCUGCUCCUCCGCCUGGCCCAGUACAACAAGACGGCCGUGCCUGUCCGCUACCCCGCCAAGGACUCCCGCUCGAACCCGCAGCUCAACGGAGGGGUGUGGGGACCCUGGUACAAGGAGAAAGGGGAGGAGGACGGGGAGAGCAACCUCCUCACCAACCAGCUCGACAAGAGGAGGCGCAAGAAGAAAGCGAGGAGGAAGCACAAGCAUAGAAGGGGAUCCAGAGAUUAGCCUUUUUACUGGUAGUUUUAUAAAAGGUGCUUCAAACACUCAAAUCUCAGGGAUUGCGAGCCAUUCGAGCUUGUAGAGCAUGUCUGUUUCACUGUUUUCUGAGUUUUACGGGACAUUUGGAACUGGAAACAGAAAGAGGACUGAGUACAAAGGGUGCAAAAUGGCCUCACCUGCAAUAAAACUGUUCCCCACAAGUUAAGAUGUAAAAUGCAGAUUCCUUUUGAAACGAUCUGCUUUUAUUUUGCUUGGGCAUCUAAGCAAUGUUUAUUUUUUAUAUUUUAUUGCAUGCUGGAACUUCAGAGACCCUCAAAUUGUUAAUAGAUUUAUUAUAUUUAGUAUAUGGAAAAGACAAUAAAUAUAACUAAUUUGCAGACGGCACCACUUUUUGUGGUAGUAAAAAAAAAAAGAAAAAUUAUAUCAGACGUCAAAUGCAAGGUUCUCAGAAUCUGUACAUUUUAUUUAAUGAAAAACUGACAUUUGAAUUAGUUUUGCAGACUAUCAGAAUUAAAGAAUAAUGUGUCCUCUCCCUUACUACCUGGUCUGGUACCGGCUCAUCUUGAAUGUAAGACAAAUUAAAUAAAGCCCUUGGAGGACAACUUUAUUCUUUUACUUCAGUAUCCCUCUUUCUUAUGCUCAUUGUCCUUCAUCAUGCCUGAUGUAUUCACUGCUGAAGGAGGCCAUACACGUUCUUAAUAGCAGGGAAAUAAACAUCUUGCCCACAUCCCUUCAUCCCUCCAUCUCUUCAGUAGCACAUUAAUGGGCAGGCUUUUAGUUGCUGGUGAAAGGCUAUUUAAUAUGUUUUAUUGAAGUGGAAAAUACUAUAAAGCGUAUUCUGGCUAGCAGGAUGCAGUUAACCCACUGUGAUCAGUGUGGAAGUUGAACUUUCUGUCUGGAGCAUGCAUGCCAUGGAUGAUGAGAAAUCUGGCAAAAGGCUUAAGGAGAGACAUCAUUAUAUUUUGAGAGGGCACAUGUGAGUUGGACCUUCAGGACUCAUGGGGGAAAAGCCCCCAACCCUUCCUCACAAACAAAUAUUGAAACAAAUGGUCUCCUUCCGUUGCUUGGUGCUGACUAAAAACAUGCAUACACAACAGCCAUUUCGAACAAGGAGGCACGCCAAUACUAAGCAAACAAAAAGAGAGUUAUUAUUGGGUUUCUUUUAUUUGUACUUGUCCCUAUCAACCGCUUGACAACAACAAUGCAGUUGUUACUUUAAAAUACACCCUGCUAUGCACAAGAAUCCUUUCAUGUCAAUACUGAAAUGCAUUUCCAUUAGCUAGUAAAAAUGUUUUUUUUUUCAUCAUUUUUAACACUAAUGUAAAAAGAAAACAUGACCAACAUCUUGAAAUGUAAACUACUGAACUUCAUUGAAUUUGAUAUGGAUCAACUUUUGAAUAACUGCCAUUGAUUUUUUCCAUGGGAGUCCUCAGGUGAUAUGUAAUGAGAAGCCCACUCCAGUGAUGUCACUUCCUUUACUAAGAGCAUGUAAUGUGCUGAUUGGUUCCAGGUCAUAUAGUGAUUCACUGGAUGGGUUCGUGCAUCAUGGAUUUGUGUGUGUGUGUGUGUGCGCGCGCGCGUGUGUGCAUGCAUGUGUGUGUGUGUGUGUGUGCACAUGUUUAAAAGCAUAUGUUUUUAAUGCAUGUGUAUGUGCAUAAGCAAAUCGGCAGGCCUGUGAUAAAACAUUAUCUAAAAAUACUUUUUUCCAUUAUAUUGUUAAUACAUCCAUAUUAAUACAACGUUAUGUUAGGCUGCCAUUAUAAGAAGGACACAUUAAAAAUGGAUUGCAGACUUUGAUUACAUGUUAAAAACUUUGUUUAUGGAUACGGGUUACAAUGUGACACAGAUUGGAUAAUAUCUCACUGAAAAAUUUAUCAAUAAACCAUUUGAAGUUCACCGUU